CUUCCUUUCCAUCCCAUGACAGAACAAGUCGCAACUCCAGAUUGGGGUAAUAUUGUAGGUGAUCUUUUAAGAUGCAUUGCUGAUAAAACUUUCUCAUUCCAAGAUCGUGUCCGGAUGGGUGCAGUUUGUCGGUCUUGGCAAGGUUCAUUGGAGAAUGACAAAAUCAAUUUUCGCAUUUUUUUGAUGCUUGCAGAAAAAGAGAAUAGUGAUAGACGUUGUUUUAACAUUGGUGCAACAGAAAUUAUCUUUGAGCUCGAAUUACCGGAGAUCCGAGGAAAGAGGUGCUGGGGUACUCCUUUUGGUUGGUUGGUCACUUACGGUCUUGAUCAUGAAAUUGGAUUGUUUAAUCCUUUAUCCAGAGUUAGCCUCUCCCUUCCUUCACAACGUACCAUGGAUGAUGAUAUGAUUAUCCACUAUACACCACAACAAUUGCGUUUGCAUUUUAUACAUAAAGUCUUAUUAUCUUCGAGUCCAGCUUCCCCUGAUUGUAUUAUUAUGAUAAUUUAUGGGGAGAUGAAUUCAUUAGCUUUUGCAAAGCCCGGUGAUCAAGCAUGGACUCAAAUUCCUUUUAGCUCUCUAUUGGAGGAUGUCAACUGCUUCAAAGGCAAUUUCUUUGCGGUUCAUCAUAUGGGGCAACUUCUUUUAUGUGAGGGUUUAAAUGGAUCAUUUCCAAAACUCGUUGAAUUCGCUGCACCACCUCCAGGAAUUGAUCCUGGUGCUAAGAAAUAUAUUAUUGAUUUGGACGGCGAUCUUUGUAUGGUGGUUCGCCAACGUUUUCCAUACGAGAAAAGACCUGAGAGCGGCCUUCCCCUCUCCUGCUUCCUCCACAAUGCAGCGUUCAACCCUGCCUCUGAAAACCCAAUCCAAAAUCCUCAGGCUCACACUCCUCCCCCACCCCCGCGCUCGUACGCCUUCACUUCCGCAGAAGAAGCCGCGGCAGAGCGACGCCGCCGCAAGCGUCGAUUGCGAAUAGAGCCCCCAAUACACGCCCUCCGUGCCUCUGCCCCCUCCGGCCCUCCCACUCGUGACCCCAAUGCCCCGCGGCUUCCAGACAGCACCUCGGCCCUCGUUGGACAUCGGCUUAACCUUCACAACCGUGUUCAGUCCCUUAUCCGCGCCUCCGACCUAGACGCGGCCUCUCUCCUUGCUCGCUCCUCCGUGUUCUCCUCCACUCGCCCCACUGUCUUCAUCAACGCCAUCAUCGCCGCCAUGUACCGCAACAAACGCUUCAACGAGGCAAUUGCUCUCUUUCACUUCUUCUUUAAGCAAUCUGAUAUUGUUCCAAAUGUUGUUUCCUACAACAAUUUGAUUAAUACCUAUUGCGAUGCGGGUGAAGUUGAUACUGCUAUCCGAGUUUACCACGAGAUUUUGGAAAACGCGCCGUUUAACCCCUCUCCUGUGACUUAUAGGCACUUGACCAAGGGCUUGAUUGAUGCUGGGAGGAUUGGGGAAGCUGUGGAUCUGCUCAGGGAGAUGUUGAAUAAAGGGCACGGUGCCGACUCUUUGGUUUUCAACAACCUCAUAUCGGGUUUUUUGAAUUUGGGGAAUCUGGAUAAGGCCAAUGAGCUGUUUGAUGAAUUGAAAGAGCGUUGCUUGGUUUACGAUGGAGUUGUCAAUGCUACGUUUAUGGAGUGGUGGUUUAAUCAGGGGAAGGAUAAGGGCAUGGACUCAUAUAAGUCGUUGUUGGAUAGGAAAUUUAAGAUGCCCCCUCCUACCUGUAAUUCACUUUUGGAGGUUUUGCUCAAACACGGGAAAACGAAGGAAGCUUGGGCCUUGUUCGAUGAUAUGUUGGACAAUCACACCCCACCCAACACACAGGCGGUGAAUUCAGAUACUUUUAAUAUCAUGGUGAAUGAGUGUUUCAAGUUGGGGAAUAUGGAGGAGGCCACUAGAACCUUUAAGAAGGUAGGCACGAAGCCUGGAUCCAAGCCAUUUGCCAUGGAUGUUGCUGGUUAUAAUAAUAUCAUCACCAGGUUUUGUGAGCAUGGGAUACUAUCUGAGGCAGAGAAAUUUUUUCAAGAAUUGUGUGGAAAGUCUUUGACACCAGAUGUUCCAAUGUAUAGAACCAUGAUUGAUGCAUACUUGAAAGCAGAGCGGGUUGAUGAUGCUCUGCAGUCAUUUACAAAAAUGGUCGAAACUGGUUUGAGAGUGGUUGCCAGUUUUGGAACUAAGGUUUUCAGUGAAUUUCUUAAGAAUGGCAAGAACAUGGAAUCCGCAUCUCUUUUGACAAAAAUGGGGGAGAAAGAUCCUAAACCGGAUGCCUCUAUUUAUGAUGUUGUAGUCAGAGGGCUUUGCAAUGCUGAUGACUUGGACAAGACCCUAGAUAUACUGGACCAGAUGAUGAAGUAUUCCAUUGGUGUUACUCCUGCAUUGCAGGAGUUUGUACGUGGGGCUUUUGGGAAAGUUGGGCGGAAUGAAGAGAUUGAUAGAGUUUUAAAUGAAAAUAGGUGGAGGUUCCCUGGGCCUCAAGCUCGAUCUUGGGGACAGCCACCACGGCGGUCAUUAGGUUCUCCUCCGAUGGCAGGACAGCAAUAUCCUGGACCUUCACAAAUGGCACGACAGCCAUAUCCUGGGCCUUCACAAAUGGCAGGACAGCAGCCAUUUGGAUCCUCUCAAUUUUCAGGGCAGCAUUCAUUGAGAUCAGAUUAGAUUGUGGGGCAGCCAUAUUUAGGACCAGUGAUGCGGGGGUGAAAGGUUUCAUUGCCACUCUGAAAAUCAUCUCUUUUGUUCAUCUAUCUUUUAUAAUGGACUAGCUAUUCUUGUAGUCAGGAUCUCUCAAAUAUAUUAAAAGUCUGAUCAGUAGUUUUAUAUCAUGAUUAUUUUCUCUGGUGAGAUAUCAAUCAGUAUUUGAACUGAACUUGUUUGUCAUUGAGUAAUUAAAUGUGCGUUAUGAAGCUAACUGUGGUGCAGUUGCUUCUUGGCUUUAGCUG